UAUCCAUAUGCACCCGAGGGCGGCCUCACUCGCAUAUCAAAUUGGCGCCUCUCGUAUCGUACGAACGAAGACCGGCGAUAAGCGUAAACUUAGAGACACGGAGAAGACGACCCGGAGGGGCCGGCCAUAAAUCCAGGAUCCUUCCGUGGACUCGGAGCAAAGCAACCGCCGAUCGCCAUAGCCCAUAAGAACCAGCCGUUGCCUGGCUCGGUUCGCGACGGGCAGCCAUGGCCAUGGCCGGGCUCCCUCUCGCCGCGUGCGUUGCCUUCUUCCACCUCUGCCUCCUCCUCUCGCCGUCGUCCUCUCUCCGGCUGCUGCCGGUAGCCCCCGACGCGGCGGGCGAGAGCACGGGACGCAAUGGCAGCAGGACCGCCUACCACUUCCAGCCCGCCAAGAACUGGAUGAACGAUCCGAAUGGCCGGGACCUGAGUGCUGAUCUGCCACGUCGGCCUCUGGUGGAUAAGAAGGAAGGACCGUCCGCCGUGGCACCGCGGCGGCGUAGAUCCCCGUCGCCAUCACCGUCCUCUGUAGAUCCCGACCGGUUUGUCGCCUGGCCGGCCACCGGCCGGUGGCCGGUCGAGGAAGGAAAUAAUUGA